AUGUUUUUCUAUUUCUCCAGCAACUUAAUGAGUGACCAACGAUGUCCAAAUGACAAUCAAAUUAAGCAACAAAUUGUAAUUAUAAUGCCCGCACAAGGAAACACAUCAUAUGGCGCUGUCUCAAUAUGCAGGCAGCCACAGUGUCGAUUGCUAACAUUAAUGGCCAGUUCUUUGUGUUACUUGGAUUUAAGUUUCUUUGAUAUUGUCCAUGGUUUUUUCCACAACAUUAUAAGCGAAUUUCCACGAAUGGACAUACUAAUCAACAAUGUCGGUGUCAUAUGCGAGGCAAUUACAAUCGAUGGCUUUGAACAGCACUUUCAAGUCAAUUACACAUCACAUUGCUUGAUGUCCCACCUGCUGAUGGGUCAUUUGCGAAAGUUGACAAAUGGACGCAUUAUAAAUGUGUCAGUCAGCUCACGCUCGAGCUGCCUAAAAUGGAUUUUUGAUGAUCCACUAAAUGUGGGCAGGCAUGAAACUUAUUUGUCGAUAGAGUUUCAUGCCUGCCAUGCUUUUUCACAUUCAAUGUUGGCUGUAGUUUUGGCAACAUAUUGACUGGCCUCAGAAUUGGAAGAAACUUCAAUCACCGUAAAGUGCUGUACACCUGGUUUAGUACGUGGCACCUCACAUUUGAGUAAUUCACCACUUAUGUCGGCCAUUUGUGUUAAAUUGAUGACUUAUCCAUGGUUGUGGCUGUUCAUGAAAAAUCCCUACGAGGGUGCACAAUGUGCCAACAUACGUUUGGCAACGGAUCCACAAUUGAAACAUGUAACCGGCGAAUAUUUCAAUGAUUGCGAAAUGGCUGCCACUUCAGAAUUAGGCCAGGACAAUGAAUUGUUUAAGAAAUUAUACAUGCAAACCAUACAUUUUCUCAAAAAGAAAAAUUUAACAAAAUUGGAAAUUGAUAAAGAGCCACACACUCCAGAUGACGAGGUAGAGCUGUAG